GUUUAAAUUAUUUUACGUCAGGCUGUUGACUUGGUUUAUCUCACUCGGCGUAAUCGUAGCUAGUUUUAAACUGUUGAGGCUCGGGAGUCGAUCGACCCCAACAGCGGGGACACUCUGCCUGCUCCAACCGAAGUAUGGUUCACAUGAUGGGGCUGCUUUCAGUGAGUGUUGUGCCCCUGCGGAACGGGGUGCAGGCUUGGGGCAGAGGCUGCGCCACCAUCCACGCAGCUUUUCGCUACAGUAACUUUAGCUCAUUAUCGAAGUGUUCUGCAUUAAAACGAAUCAAUCCCAUGGGAUUAAAUCAAUGCACUUUCGCAUUGGCUCGAUUGCUCAGUUCCAAACCCCCACGAGGAUUUGAGAAGUUCUUCCCAAAGAGUGAGGACACUCCUGGAGUGAACAAAUCAUCUGAAGAGACCGGUGAUGAGAAGACCAAAGAGACAGAAUCUCAGAGCGGAGGAGAAGAGGGACAAAAUGAAAGUGGCGAGAGCGAGAGGAGGAGAGGCGGAAGGAAGGAUGAAUCAGACUGGUGGACACGCUUCCAGAAUGAUUUCCCCUUGGAUGAGAAGACCAUGCGCAAUGUCGCGAUCGGAUUCGCCGGCAUGGCCUCUGCGUUCCUGUAUUUCUACUUCCGAGAGACUGGGAAGGAGGUCUCCUGGAAGGACUUUGUAAAUAACUACCUGGCUAGAGGACUGGUGGACCGUCUGGAGGUAGUCAACAAACAGUAUGUCAGAGUCAUCCCAGUGCAUGGAGUCAACACGUCAGAGGUGAGCUACCUCUGGUUCAACAUCGGCAGCGUGGAGACGUUUGAACGCAAUCUGGUGCUGGCCCAGCAGGAGAUGGGCCUGGACUCUACACACAGAGUACCGGUGAUCUAUGGAAGCCAGAGCGACGGUACUUUCCUGAUGAGCAUUCUUCCAACCCUCUUGCUGGUUGGCUUCCUGCUCUUCACCAUGCGCCAGGGACCAAUGGCAGGAGGCCGUGGCGGGGGGCGGGGCAACCCCUUCAGCAUGGGGGAAUCCAAGGCCAAGGUCAUGAAGGACAACAUUGAUGUGAGAUUUAAGGAUGUGGCGGGCUGCGAAGAGGCCAAGAUGGAGAUCCUAGAGUUUGUCAACUUCCUGAAGAACCCCCGGCAGUACCAGGACCUAGGGGCCAAGAUUCCCAAGGGUGCAGUGUUGUCGGGUCCCCCCGGCACAGGGAAGACCCUGCUAGCCAAGGCCACAGCCGGAGAGGCCAAUGUCCCCUUCAUCACCGUCAACGGAUCUGAGUUCCAGGAGAUGUUUGUUGGCGUGGGUCCAGCCAGGGUGAGGGAUAUGUUUGCCAUGGCCCGUAAGAACGCUCCCUGCAUCCUGUUCAUCGAUGAGAUAGAUGCCGUGGGCAGGAAGAGAGGCAGAGGGAACUUUGGGGGACAGAGGGAGCAGGAGAACACACUCAACCAGCUGCUAGUGGAGAUGGAUGGGUUCAACACCAGCACUAACGUGGUCGUCUUGGCUGGAACCAACCGACCAGACAUCCUGGACCCAGCACUGAUGAGACCUGGGCGCUUCGACAGACAGAUUUACAUAGGUCCACCAGACAUAAAAGGUAGAGCAUCCAUCUUUAAGGUCCAUCUGAGGCCUCUGAAGCUGGACUCCAGUAUAGACUCUGAAGCUUUGGCCAGGAAACUAGCUGCCCUCACACCUGGCUUCACUGGAGCUGAUAUUGCCAACGUGUGUAAUGAGGCGGCCCUGAUAGCAGCACGCUACCUUAACAAGUCUAUCAUCGUCAAGCACUUUGAGCAGGCCAUCGAGAGGGUCGUCGGAGGUCUGGAGAAGAAGACCCAGGUACUACAGCCAUUAGAGAAGACCACUGUAGCAUACCACGAGGCUGGCCAUGCUGUGGUGGGCUGGUACCUGGAACAUGCUGACCCUCUGCUCAAGGUGUCAAUCAUCCCCCGGGGGAAGGGUUUGGGGUAUGCUCAGUACCUCCCUAAGGAGCAGUACCUGUUCACGCGGGAGCAGCUGUUUGACAGGAUGUGUAUGAUGCUGGGGGGACGUGUGGCAGAGCAGGUCUUUUUUGGGAAGAUCACCACAGGGGCACAGGAUGACCUCCGGAAGGUCACGCAGUCUGCCUACGCACAGGUGGUUCAGUUUGGGAUGAGUGAGGUGGUGGGCCAGGUGUCUUUUGAGCUCCCCAGGCAGGGAGAGAUGGUGAUGGAGAAGCCUUACAGCGAGCCCACGGCCCAGCUCAUAGACCAGGAGGUCCGCUCUCUCAUAGACGCUGCCUUCCAACGCACACAGCAGCUCAUCACUGAGAAGAGAGAUGUGGUAGAGAAGGUGGGGAGGCGUCUCCUGGAGAAGGAGGUUCUGGACAAGGCUGAUAUGCUGGAGCUGCUGGGUCCUCGCCCCUACAAGGAGAAGUCUACGUAUGAGGAGUUUGUGGAGGGGACGGGGCCCAUGAAGGAGGACACCUCCCUUCCAGAGGGCCUCAAGAACUGGAACAAGGACCGGGGGACGGAAGAGCCCCCCCAGGAGCAGCAACGCAAACAGGCUCUUUACCUGUAGACUGACACCACGUCUGACCUGGCCCCCACCCAACCAGGCCACUGGAGGAACAUGUUGAGACUUAAUUUGGUGAGGGGAGGGCACUUGACAUGACCCAGACAGACUGAUAUCAGGAGAGGGUGUCAGGUUUAAGAAGGCACCCCUGCAUCGUGUCCCUGAUGGCUACAGAUUGAGGGUUGUGGGGUGCAGCAGGGGAUCUGUUCCAACAGCCUAGAUUGUGCCAAUUCUCAUGUAGACUUUUUGCAAAAAGGUGUUCCUGUAUUUUGGUUUUGCAGGGCAUGAGAUUGAUCAAUCUGUGAAGGAUAUCCACUCCUCCACCAUGCUGUUCCUUUCCUUCCCUGGAGAUGCCCUGCUGUACUAGGUUCCUCCUUUAUCCUGAUCAUAGUGCAUUCCAGGGCUGGUGUGGUCAUUCUAAGGCCCUAGAGACCAUGGUCGUCACAGGGAAAGUAUAUUGUUUCAAUAGUUGUGUAGUAUUCAUUAUUUGACCUUUUUCAUUGUGUGUUGGAUGAGUUUGUCUGACAUGCAACAUUUUUAUGACUAUAUGAUCAUGUACAUCAGGGAUGGGUGACUGUCUGUGGCCAUUUUGAAGGCCCUUGGAUAAAUCCCCCCCAACUUACUGUUGUGAGUUAAAAUACACAAGGUGCAAUUUCUACAUUUGGUUGCACAUCCGUUUUUCUUUUAUGUUUUAGUCAAUUAGCAAUUUUAUUGAUGUAUUUUUAUGAUGUAGGUAUGCAGAUCUGUGAGCAACUGCGGCCCCUCAUGAUGAGUUCAGUUUUUUUGUGGCCCCCACCCCCAUCAAUACUACCCAUCCCUAAUUUGAAGUGAGAUGUUUUCUUUUAGAUUUCAUAUUGGAACAUGAAGGGCUAUGUGAGUGUGUGUGUGUGUGUUGCACCAUUGUAAUAAUUUGGUUGGUGCUAAUUUGUCCUCUUUCACAUAUGUACAAGUGUAUAUUAAUACCGUGUGUGAUUUGGACAGCCAGGGUCUGCCAUUGUCAACGGUGACCCUGGAGGUAAGUGCCUUGCUCAAGGGCACAUUGACAGAUUUGGUUUUCACCUGGUUGGCUCCGGGUUCUAGCAACCUUUAAGUUACUGUCCCAACGCUCUAUCCGCUAGGCUACCUGCCGUGCGACGUCUAAUCCUCAACGUUUGUGCUACCUUCUGACCUUGUUGAAUUUCAGCGACGUGUUCAUGUUCCCAGGUCUCUCUUCAGUCAUUGACACUUGUUAACUAAACAGCCAUGUGACUGCAGAGGGUUUUCAGAAAGCUCAGCAGAAAUCCAGUCCAUGUAGAUCAGACUGUAACAGUGGGACAGUAUGACAUUUACAUGGUAUUUUAUCCUCUUUCUGGUUGAGGUUCAAACUGUUAGUAGGCCUAAUUGAAGAAAAACAUGUCUUCUGAAUGUCACUUUUCAGUCUUUUGCGAAAAACAACUGCCACUCCUCUACCUGCCCACUUUUCCCCACAAGUUUUAUUUCUGAGUACAACUAGUGUACACUACCUCACCUCUUAUGCUCUCUCAAUGUUGCUAUAAGUCAACUGACAACAGAUGAACUUCACACAUCUUUUGUGAAGUAUUGAGAUACAUACACUACUGUUCAAACAUUUAGUAUCACUUAGAAAAGUCCUUGUUUUUUUUAACAUUUAUGUCCAUUUAAAUUAACAUAAAAUUUAUCAGAAAUACAGUGUAGACAUUGUUAAUGUUGUAAAUUACUAUUGUAGCUGGAACCAGCAGAUAAAAAAAAAAAUGGAAUGUCUACAUAGGCGUACAGAGGCCCAUUAUCAGCAACCAUCACUCCUGUGUUUCAAUGGCACAUUGUGUUAGCUAAUCCAAGUUUAUAAUUUUUAAAGGCUAAUUGAUCAUUAGACCUUUUGCAAUUAUGUUAGCACAGCUGAAAAUUGUUGUUCUGAUUUAAAGAAGCAAUAAAACUGGCCUUUAGACUAGUUGAGCAUCUGGAGCAUCAGCAUUUGUGGGUCUGAUUAUGGCCAGAAACAAAUAAUUUCUUCUGAAUCUGGUCAGUCUAUUCUUGUCCUGAGAAAUGAAGGCUUUUCCAUUAGAGAAACUGAAACUCUCGUACAAUGCUGUGUACUACUCCCGUCACAGAACAGCGCAAACUGCCCCUAACCAGAAUAGAAAGGAGUGGGAGGCCCCGGUGCACAACUGAGCAAGAGGACAAGUACAUUAGAGUGUCUAGUUUGAGAAACCGACGCCUCACAAGUCCUCAAAUGGCAGCUUCAUUAAAUAGUACCCGCAAAACACCAGUCUCAACAACAGAGACUGGUGUUUUGCGGGUACAACUUAAUGAAGCUGCCAGUUGAGGUCUUGUGAGGUGUCUGUUUUUCAAACUAGACACUCUAAUGUACUUGUCCUCUUGAUAUAUUCACUAUUAUUCCACAAUGUAGAAAAUAGUUUAAAAAAAUAAUUUCAAACUCUUCAAUGAGUUCGUAUGUACGAACUUUUGACUGGUACUAUAUAUCUCCAUAGCAACGCCAGCCGAGCCAUGCUUACUCCCACGCCCCUGGAGAAACCCUGUAGAGGGGUUUUGGUUUCCACUUCUCAGAAUAGAGGGUAUUGGGGUUUUUGGAGAAGUAAUGAGAUGCUGUCAUACCGAUCUGCAUUGCACUUUCUGAAGUUUUUUUUUUUACCUUUUACUGCUGAAAAUAAAGGUGUCACUACCUCACUCAAUCUCAGUAUUUCUGACAGUUUUUGGAACUCCGCAAUUACCUACAUGGAUUUAUAUUGAAAAUGAGAAUUGUUACACUCCGGACCAUAUGUAUAAAACAAUAUGUUUCUACUUCUAUGCCUAGUUGUGUGGGUCAGCGUCAACAAAAACGACAAUGUUUUUACAGUACAUUCCAGAUGUCUUGGUGUAGCCUAAACUGUGUUUAAAUUCCAAUCCUGCUUUUCUGCCUGAUUGACUAACUGCUGGUUCUUGUGGCUCAGUUUAUCUAGUGAUCUUACUUAAAGUACUAUAAGGAAUGUGUAUAUGACUGUUUCAAUGCAACAAAAAAAUACUAAAAAACAUCCAGAAAUGUUUAGUUUGCUAUGUGAUAUAUUGUCAACAUCUGACAUUCACCAAUAAAUUCUUGAUUUUA